CGUGUGAGAUGAGCUGCACGUGGACGUCUACACUGAAGUUAAUGGAUUUUCACUCGGUGGUGGGAGAUUAAUUUGACAAGUGCGCUGCAUCCUCAUCGGGCUAUGAUUCAUUUUGGGAAUAUCUGACAUGGCAAGGAUACUAUCCAUCCUAGUAAAAAUUAUGCUUUUUAAAAUGCUCGCGUUAAUUCUCUUGCAAGGUGUGUUGACGUCCGACCCCUCGGUUACAUCCGAGGUCAACCCCGGACGUCUCCCCGGCCAGGUGUCUGGCUCCGGGAGAUCAGCGGGUUCACAGCUGUCUGAGGCAACGGAGGCUAAAUCCAGACCAAAGCGCUGUACCUGUUAUUCUUACAAGGAUAAAGAGUGCGUCUACUACUGCCACCUGGACAUCAUCUGGAUCAACACUCCCGAACGCACAGUGCCUUAUGGGAUGUCGAGCUACAGAGGACCACAGCGAAUCAGACGUGCUGUCAGUGGACGAGCAACUGACCAUGACGGGGCGAAGACUCAGCGAUGCGUUUGUGCUGUGCAUGAUGCAGACCCGCAGUGCCAUGGUUUUUGCUUGUCAAGUCCCCCAGAGGAAAGUCUCCACAGGGUCCCGGGUCCUGGAUGA